AAAACUUGAUAAAAGUGUAAGUUAGAAUGGAAGGUUAACACAGAUGUCAAAAUUAUUUCUUUAUUCUUUUGUCCCAUCGUAUAUUAACAAGUAUACAAUUCUGAAUUACCUUUCUUUUUUGCCAUUCUUUACUCGACGAACGAAAAUAUGGCUCUGAAUACAGAUGUAUAGGACUUUUAAUGCAUGUGUAUAGAUUUAAAUUAAUUUUAAAGACAUUUUGGGAUAACAAUCGAUUCAGAAAUUUGAUUCACGAUUUCACGAGACAAAAAUCGGAAUGGCAGGUAUUAAAAUACAAGCAUCCAGCUCCUGUUAUCAAAAUCACUUUCAUUGUCGUUGAAUGCAAUAAUUAUUCAUUGAUUAAAAUACCUUUAUCGUCAAACACAAUAUUCACAAUGCCAUUUUUGCUCGCCACAGACAAUCAACCCAACGAUAGAUUCGUUUAAAUGCUUGGGUUGUAAAAUAUCAAUGUGAUAUGCGCAAGCACGGAACGUUGCCUUCUUUAGAAUUUAAUGGAAAUGGCUAAAUCUUCCUAAAUUUCUUUUCCUCGGAUAUUUAAAUUUACCUACAUACAUUGUUUUAUCGCAAUAAUGGAAAAUCCAUGACUUAAUACUUUAGUAUGAAUUUUUAAUGUCUUUUUUAUUUUGCGACAUGCCAGAGUUUUCCUUACUUGUGAUUUUUCACCUUGGAAAUAUCCUUAUAAUCGCAGAAAGCUUGUGUACUCUACCAGAUGAAUUAGAUGGCGUAUGGUACAGUGCUCAGAAAGGACCACUGACGAUUAACUCCACACACAUUCAAGGCUACCCUAUCCACAUGUCUGCCAGCGUUAGCUCCCUAGAUUACGAAUGUAUUGAACAGCGGGACAGAAUAUAUAUGUUCAGAUCUACUGAGACUGUCCUUAUAUUCGGGGGACUGGUAAACGGCUUUAUUUGUUUAGAAUUCUGGAGGGUUUCUGCCACAAAGUAUUACUACUUUCACAAAACAGCCAUCAGUCGGACCAAUAAUGAUCAUAUCAGAGGAGGAUUUAGCGGGCAAAGUCCAACCUUCGAUGUGACAUGCAGCGAGUCAUAUGACACGACAUACUUUGUUACUUUAAUAAAAGAUGGUUCAGUAGAGAAUGGAUCAUCGGAAGCUACUUGUGCUACAGACCUUUUGAAUAAAUUCUCAUUGGUUACUAUCACCGAACAUAAUGAAGCUUCCAGUUGUGAAAAUAAUACAAUGGAUGGAUGUUCUGAUAAAACCAAAAUGUCUUUUACUUACCAUUCUUCAUGUCAAUCUCAGCACAAAUUCUCUGCGGGAGGAUUUUGGACAUGCCUAAGAAGCAUAACUAGUAAUGGUUAUACCUAUGUCUCGCUCUGGAACAAUGACACUACUGUGACUUCUACGUACACCAGAUCCUAUGAAUUGGUCAGAGAACAAACAUAUAAAUUUGCCUGCCUCGUUGUGAAAGGAACAUCUGCUACAUUAUUUCCAAAAAUUUGUUCCGAUUCUACCCAAACACCGAAUUCUGUUGCCUCUCCGGGACUGAAACUUACGUUUUCUGGUGCUGAUUCGACCUGUCACAUCACGACGGAGGACGAAUCUGAUAUUCUGUACUACGUCAUUAUUAUACUUGGAUCUUUAUUCAUCAUAUCUUUCAUCAUUUUGUUAAUUAUAUUACGCAAGAAAGGAAAGAAGUGUAAAAGAAAGCUGGCUAAGUCACGUGCCAUUGGAUCACAUGAAAUUAUCAUGUCUCAACCACCAAUAAAAAUAGAACCUUUGUAUUUAGACGAUACUCCUGGAAUUCUUCGAGAAAAGACUGAUGUAUUAAGUAUUUUUGAAUUCAACACGAAAUAGCGUUUCUGAUACUUCAAAACGGUGGUUCAUACCGUUGUGCUUCCAUGCUUGAAGAACAGAUUAACAGAACUAUAUACAAAAAAAGUGCCAUGUGUAAGUUGCCCACCGAUAAUUGCGCCAAGAGCAGUUCUAAUUUUCUUUGUUCAUAAAUAUGUUAUUAACAAUAUGCAAGCACGUUAUGUGAUAAUCAGUAUUUAACAGUUUUUAAGAUGCCCACAUGUUGGGUAUAAGUUCAUGGAUCUUGAUCAUACUGCCAUUAAUUUACCCUUUUUUUCAUAAUUAUGUGAAAAUAAAAUUGGUCUAGUC